GAAAGGUAUAUAGGUAGCGCUCAUUUUUGGCCGCCUACAUGCUUCUCUGCGUUUUAAUAAGACAGAUACGUGCGAUAAGUAUUUUGAUCACUGGCAUAAGUAGAGGAAGCAGUUAACAGGCAACCACCAACAUCUUCUGGCAGCAGAGCAAUGUGUAUAAAAUGAUUAUCGUCCUGAAGGUUUUGGGGGAACCUAAAAAAGUUUGAGCAAACAUCAAGCUAGGUUGGAGUCGUAUGACUGUAAGGAACAAGAAUGAAACACAUCCCCUUUAUACCUCUAGGAAACAACAUGUUGCUGAAAGCCCUUCUUAUCAUGCUGCUGUUGGAAACAAAUUUUGUUGACUGCAAAGAACACAAAGGGCACAUAUCGGUUAUUCUUGUAGGGGCCACUGGAGACCUAGCAAAGAAGUACUUGUGGCAAGGACUCUUCCAUCUCUACCUGAAUGAAGCUGAUAGAGGGCACAGCUUUAUUUUUUAUGGAGGUGCUCUUUCACCCCCAGAAAAAGGGGAGAGUAUAAUGUUUGAUGUUCUGAAGUCUCUUAGCUGUCCUGUAGAUGUCACACCAGACAGAUGUGCUUUGCUGAAAGACCAGUUUCUCAGGCUCAGUCGUUACAGACAAUUGAAAGUUGCUGAGAAUUAUACAGCACUGAACCAGGACAUCCAGAAUACAAUGUCAGAAGAAGGACUACAUGAAGCUGGAAGGUUAUUCUAUUUGUCUGUGCCACCAUUUACCUACACUGAUAUUGCUCGCAACAUAAAUGCCACUUGCCGACCACUGCCUGGUGCUUGGCUGCGUGUUGUGUUAGAGAAGCCAUUUGGACAUGAUUACGCAUCUGCACAACAACUAGCCAGUGACCUACAGAUGUUCUUCAAAGAGGAAGAGAUCUACAGGAUUGAUCAUUACUUGGGAAAGCAGACAGUUGCACAGAUUCUGCCUUUUCGACGACAGAACAGAAGGCAUCUAGAUCCCAUAUGGAACCGAGACUAUGUGGAGCGAGUAGAGAUUGUUCUAAAAGAAACUGUUGAUGCAAAAGCACGCACAAGCUUUUACGAGGAAUACGGUGUCAUCCGAGAUGUCAUCCAGAAUCACCUAACCGAAAUCUUGACAUCUUUAUCUAUGGAGCUACCCCUCAAUUACAGCAAGUCAUAUGAUGUCCUAAAAGCAAAACUUGAGGUAAUGAAUUCUCUUCUAAGCCUUGAUCAUCGCAGCGCUGUCGUUGGGCAGUAUCAGAACUAUCUUACACAGGUCAGAGAGGAGCUGGAAAAAAAAUCAGAUUUCUUCACAAACACACAAACCUUUGCAGGUGUGUUGGUUCAAAUAGAUAACACUCGAUGGGAAGGUGUUCCAUUCAUUUUAACAUCAGGAAAAGCCCUGGAUGAGAGAACGGCAUAUGUUCGGGUUCUGUUCAAAGACAAUUCCUUUUGUCUUCAGAAAGAGGUUAACAGGGAGACAGGGAAAACAUCUUGUAAAAGAAAGCAGAUUAUUUUUCACAUUGGGCAUGGGGAUUUAGGAUUCCCCGCUAUUUUAGUUAGCCGUGGACUUUUUAAACCAAAGUUUUCUUCAAGUCAAUGGCAAGAGGCGACAGAGCUUACAUCCCUCCAUUUGUUUGGGCAGCCUCUGACUGAUUAUUAUGUGUACCGUCCUGUUCAAGAGAUGGAUGCAUACUCCUUAUUGAUUUCUAAUAUAUUCUAUGGAAAGAAGGAAACUUUUGUAACAACAAAGAAUUUAUUGUCUUCUUGGAAAUUCUGGACUCCACUUCUGGAAAUUCUGGAUAGAGAGUCACCUAGGGUGUACCUGGGAGGCACAGAAAAUGAUCAGUUGCUCGACUUUGUGAUAGAGAGUGGUGGAUUGCAGUUUGCAGCAGUUGAGCCAUUGGAAAUAAUGGGAAUGGAGCAAAAGACAAACAGUUUUGCUUCUAUUCAUUCAACCUUUCUUGGCAAUUCAAUGGUGUCAAACUGGGCUGAACAACUGAUAGAGAAACUGGCACGGGAUAUACAGCUGGCAGCUGAAUCUGCUGUGCAGCAUUCAGGAGUCUUUCACCUUGCUCUCUCUGGUGGUUCCACCCCCUUGGCUUUGUUUCAGAGGUUAUCUAAGCAUCACCAUGGUUUCCCAUGGAAGCGCACCCACUUAUGGCUUGUUGAUGAGCGUUGUGUACCUUUCACAGAGCCAGACUCUAAUUUUGGAAAUAUUGAAAAAUACCUUUUGCAGCAUGUGAGAGUACCUUAUAUAAAUAUUCAUCCCAUGCCCGUGGACAGAAACCAAAGAAUAUGCUCAGAGGAAGACCUUGGCACGGAGGUGUAUGCUAAAGAGAUUUCUUCUCAUGUUAGCAAUUCCAGCUUUGAUAUGGUGCUCCUGGGCUUGGGCAAUGAUGGUCACACAGCCUCCAUAUUUCCAGGGGCACAGGAUGGGAUUGAAGGACAUAAAUUUGUGUUGUUUACAGAAAGUCCCGGGAAACCUCACCGGAGGAUGAGCUUAAGCCUCUCUCUGAUCAACAAAGCUCGUGAGAUUGCGGUGCUAGUUCUGGGGAAAGGCAAACAUGACAUUAUUACACUAAUAAGCCGUGCGGAAAGGAGCCCUAUCAAAUGGCCAAUCUUUGGCGUUAAUCCUACAUUUGGAAAACUGGUGUGGUACAUAGAUUACGAUGCUCUGCUGAAGUAAAUUGUUUCAAGCUGGUCCACCUAAGUGCCUAUUCUGUGCCCUACCAGAAAGAUUUGUUAUGUGAAAGUAGAUGUACUGGCCAAAAACCAAUUUGCUCAUGAUGAUUUUUUUUUUUUUAGGUCAUUUUUCAGAAAAUACAAAUAACAAACUAUCUAUAAGGUGAUAAAAUAAAAAAAACAUUUGACAGCAGGGAAACCCUGAUUAUGCCAGAUAAUUCAAAAUUCCAUUAAAUCAGCUUUGCCACAGAACCUUCAUUGACGUAUAUAUAUCCUGGUGUUCUGAUCUGACCACAUUCAGAAAGAAUACACAUAGACCAGCAUUUACCUGUAUCGUACAAGUUUCUCCAUUAAACUGGUUAAUAUAUUUACAAAGAGGAUUCUGAACUUUGUUUCACAGUCUAUUGACAUACAAUGUUUAGAGGAGAUUCCAAACAAGUGCAGCUGCGUGCAUGUUAAAAAUACGCAUUUGUCCUGAAUAUGCCUUCCAAAAUCACUUGUACAAGAGGAAAACAUUCCUGAAUUUUAGUACCUCAAGUACCGAUUUUUGAUGAAAUCAUGGUGAUUCCAAGUGGCUUGUACCUAUUAGUGAUAGAUCUAUAUUUAUAUUGUCCUUGCAUCUCUAUAAUGGGCUAAUCUCAAAUAUGGUUUUUCAUUCUUCCUUUAGUUACUGCCAAUAUUUUUACUUUUCAGAUUAAUAAAACCCAUUUCCAUGACUACCUACAGUAUAAACGCUGCCACUGAAAAACUGACAGAUCGUAGGUACUUAAACAUUUUCUGAAAUAGCCAUAACUAUAGCUUUUCUGAAAUACUGAUAUGUUUCCACACAUUUAUGGCCAAAGUUGAGUGUUGGUUUCGCUUCUCUCCACCUGUGUUUUGUAGGCAGAGAGAAGGGUGUCAGCUGUCUACCACAGCAUUGUGUAUCUGCACUGACAGGCACACCUUCGACCUGAGUGCAGCUACAUGGAACAGAGAUUAGCCCGAAUAUGCCUGUUUUUGCAUUUUUUGGGCCUAUCUCCACUCUGUAUAUCUGCACUCUGGCCUAAGCUAAAUGGAGUUGCUAAAGAGAGUGUUCCACUUCUAUAUGCAUGCCUACAAAACGCAGACAGAGAGAAGCGGAGCCAAUGCUUUGGCCUAAAGCUGGCCAUACACGCACCGAUAAUAUUGUACGAAACCUCGUUUUGUACGAUAUUCGGUGCGUUUAUGGCAACUCGGCGAGGCGACCGAUAUCACAGGAGGUUGCUGAUAUCGGCCAACUCACCGACCGGGCGGGUUAGAAGAUUUUGAUCGGGCACCAUUGAAAGGCGCCCAAGCAAAAUCUAUGUUCUGAAUUGGCAGUAGGAGGUAGAAAUCCCAUUGUUUCUACCUCCAUAUCUGACGAUUCAGCCCUGAACGUCAGUGGAAAAAAAUCGCCACGUGUGUGGCCACCAUAAGGGAACAAUUCGUGUAGAUAAAAAAGGAGCUUGUUUAUCUGCAGGAUUUGUUGUCUUAUUAUGUGUGGAAUGCUUUCCAGUGCUUAAAUAUGGUGUAAUCAGUAACAAAAUUUUUCCACUUUUGUAAUGUUAAAUGUGGCCAUAGCAGGCUUAUACAGCACAUGGCUGAAAUAAAGUGAAGGCUUAAUCAUCAAAUGAUAUCUGCAGAUGAAAUGCUUAUUGCAAUAUGCAUUCUGUGAAAAGAGACAAUGUGCAUUCUGUGAAAAGACACAUUUUUGUCUCGUAUGUAAAGAUUUUUAAACAGGGAAAAUAGUUGAAUAGACUUGAUAAAAUGUGAUAACAAACUGUCUGUUAAACAAUAAGGGCAAUAACACACUAGGCGACUAGUUGACCGCAUUAGAUCUUCUCGAGGGCAGGUGACUAAUCUUCUGCAUAUCUACCUGCCGGAAAUAAUGUGAUUGGCCGAGGGGGGAAUAUACACGUCGCUUGGGCUUUGCGAAGUAGCCUGUAGAUGCCUCUUGAGGAAACUUGGUGCCAUUCAGAUAUGCAAACUAGGCAGCUGUAUUGGGCUCACGGACAGGAGCCCUGUACUUACUACUUGUUUGAUUUAAAUUCUUACUACUUGUUUGAUUUAAAUUCUAAACUGGAAAGAUACAGAACGAAAAAAAGUUAAAUAAUCAAAAACCAUAAAGAAGCACAAACAAAGAAACUACAAAUAUUGUUUAUGUCAUUGUGGGGUACUAAAACAUAAUUUCAAUUCACCCCUAUUAUUGGAUGACAAACUUUAUUGUACUGGCUUCCCCAAUACAUAGAAAGCAUUGGGCAGCCCUGAUUUAGAUAUAAUUGUGUACUGUAUAUUACAGGAUUUCAUUAGAAGGAGUUUAUUGGCUUUCACUGUUUUGACAUAACAGAGCAAGCGGGCAAAUAUAGAUAUUUUUGAUGACUUUGUUGUAAACACUGUAAUUUUUCUCCAUUUGUCCAAUUUAAUAAAGAACAUUUGUCAAAUUAC